AUGGGGCAGGUCAUGGGCAUCAUCAUCGCUUCUUUUUCUCAGGCUCAGCGAGACCCGCUGGAGAACUUGCGGCUUGCGGUGGAGCGCGCGGAGGCUGCAGGUGUCGAACAGGAUACGCUCGAUGAUGUGAGGACGAAGCUUGCAGAGCUGGAAAACGAAGUCGGAAAGGAGCUUUCUAUCUCGGUUCGGCAUGCUGUUAGUGGAGAAACCCUCACAGUGGUACGGGCACGACCGUCCGACACACCUGCCUACCUGCGAGAGCAUGUUUUGAGAGCCACCGGUGACGGAGGUGUCGCUCUCCAUUUUCUUUUCCAGUCGCAGGUGUUGGAUGAGAAGGUCAGCCUUCGGGACUCUGGUCUCGUAGAUGGUGAUACGGUCUUUCUGGUUCAGACGCCUUUGCUUUGCCUGACCGCGUCCUUCGACGGGACCGCGCGAAUAUGGUACUUGCAAAAUGGCGAUUGCCGCAAGAUGCUCGUCGCGCGACGCGGAGGGCAGGUCCAGUCUGCGACGUUUUCACAUGACGGCUUGAUGCUGCUCACCGUGUCGCUAGAUGGCGAGGGCAAGUUAUGGUGCCCAGAAAGUGGACGGCUGCUGUGUGAGCUCAAUGGACAAGCAGGAGGAGUGCUGUCCGGUGAGUUCUCAGCGGAUAGCAAAUGGAUUACUGGUGCAUCAGAUGACUGCACCGCUAUAGUCUGGAGUGCUGAGACGGGCAAAUGCUCGCAAGUCCUUUCCGGACAUGAUGAUGAUGUCAAGUCAGCUGCCUUCUCCCCUGACGCAUCCCUGGUGGUCACAGCAUCCUGUGAUGGUACUGCUGGCCUCUGGAUGGCGGCGGAUGGCAGUCGUUUACGAUCUUUUGUUGGACAUGACGACGUGGUGAAGUCUGCAAUGUUCUCCUUCGACGGGUUGCGCAUCAUCACGGCGUCCAUGGACGGAACUGCGCGGGUUUGGAAUGUUGAGACCGGGGAGUGCCUGCAAGUGCUGCAGGGCCACGCCAAGGCUGUCAAUAGUGCAGCUUUCUCCCCUGAUGACACAUUGUAUCUCACAACGUCCUUUGACGGGACGGUUCGUGUGUGGGAGGCAGACUCAGGCGAUUGCAAUUUGGUUCUUCAUGCCGAUAACAAAGUGGUCAAUACUGCACAAUUCUCGCCAGACGGAGCAAUGAUUCUGGUUGCCUCGGGCACUGAGUGCGUCCGACUGUUAAGCGCGACUACAGGCGAGUGCAUAACGACCUUAGAUGGUCACGAAGACUGGGUGAGAACAGCGAACUUCUCACCAGACGGUGCGGAACUCACGCUUGUCCGUGCCACAAAAGGAGAUGUUUCACUGCAAGGCGUGAAGAAUGAAUUUUCAUGCGAGUGGAAGGUCCCCGUAUGA